AUGGAAAAAGAAUGCAAUGCACGGCUGUUAAUCAAUGCGCACAGGUAUCUCAUGAUUUCGAAAUCAUGGUGUCCUGAUUGUCAUUUUGUGUACAAGAUAUGGGAUUCAUUUGGCUUACGCGACAAAGUUCACAUAAUUGAAUUGGACAAAUUUGACAACCAGAACGAAGCAGUCAGGCUAGAAGCAGAGUUUACUGCGAUUUCGGGAAGAAAGUGGGUACCGACGAUAUUUUUCAAUGGUAGAAUGUUGGGAACUGAGGCUGAUUUAAAGGCAUGGCAAUUGGAUGGAACUUUGAAGCAAAGAUUCAUUUCUGAGGGUAUCAUAUAA